AUGGCUCCCAUUGCAACAGCUGACGGUACGCUGUCGCACAACACCGAAACUGCGCUUGGAAAUAGCGCUGUUGAGGUGGAUGUCGCGCUGAAACUCGCUGCGGCCGAGCCUGAACAUGGCUCCAGCACAACCUCACCUCUGCUGGAUGGAGAUGCUAAGCAUCUUCAAUACCCUCGAUCCAGAGUGAACCUGAUCGACCGCUUUGUGGAUGAGCCCCGCAAGAUAAAGGUGAUCGUUAUCGGGGGAGGAUUAGCGGGUAUCCUGGCAGGGUGCUUGUUGCCGCAGAAGGUUCCUGGCGUCGAACUUGUUAUCUAUGAGAAAAACCCUGACUUUUCCACAUUCAGUCCGAAGACCGACUGGUCUGACGAAUUUGCCCCCGGUGCAGAGAUCAGAGACUACUGGCAGUCAGUGGCAAAGAAGUGUAAUGUCUACCAAUACGCCAGGUUUCAACACCAAGUCGAAGAUGCCAGUUGGGACGCAGCGGCCGGCUCCUGGACUCUGAAAAUAAACGACCUUGCAUCCGGUCUCUUGGUCCAGGAUAGCGCGGACUUCGUGCUGACUUGCAUCGGGAGAUUUAAUGCAUGGAGACUACCCAAAUAUCCUGGAUUGUCGGACUACACUGGAGUUCUGCGACACGCUUCUCAUUGGGAUCCUGAUUUUGAUCCAACGGGCAAGCGUGUCGCUGUGAUCGGCAAUGGAGCCAGUGGCAUACAGCUGGUUGCAAAUCUUCAACGCAAGGUGGCUAGGCUGGAUCACUACGCCAGAAGCAAGACUUGGAUUGCUGCAUCCUGGGCAGGUGAUGAGCGAACACUUGAGCCCCAGCCCAUCCCAGACGAGAAAAAGAAGUCUCUCGAGGAUCCUCAGUCGUACCUCGCGUUUAGGAAGGAGCUGGAGGACAAGUAUUGGCGCAAAUUUGCAACCUUUCUCAAAGGGGAGGCCAACGAUAAUGUUCGUCAAUUUUUUACCGAGACCAUGAAAGCUCGUCUCUCCAAGAAGCCGGAACUAUUGGAGCAGCUCGUACCUGACUUCGGCCCCAACUGUCGUCGCCUGACACCCGGUCCUGGUUAUCUCGAAGCCCUUCAGGAGCCUAACGUUGACUUCAUACGCCAACCUAUCAAAAGAUUUACCAAAACCGGCAUCGAGACUGCUGAUGUUCCACAGAGUGUUGAGACGCAGCUCACGUUUUAUGCAAAGAUCCUGCGUAAAGCCUCACGGGAGGGCAUCAAAUCCAUCACGCCGAAGAAGAAGGCCGCGGAUGAUUUUGUCGAGUACUGCGAUGCGUUCUUCGCCAAGACUGUCUUGGUCGAAGGAUGUUCGAGUUGGUACAAUGGCGGAACUCCUGGAGCGAGAAUUCAUGGCAUCUGGCCAGGUAGUUCAAACCAUAUCACUGCCAUCAGGAGGGAGCCUCGGUGGGAAGACUUCGAAUAUGAGCACUUGGCCGAAAGCCAAGGUAACAGUCUGCUGUGGUACUUCGGCAAUGGAGGAACAAGAGCAGAGCAAGACCCAGAGUCAGACAUGACGAGCUAUUUGAAGGCGCCUCAAGAUGUUGACCUGAAGGACCAUCAUGAGUCUUGGUGGCAACUACCGUAG